UAGACUUUAAGUAGCACGAUUAUGAAACAUGGGCCUGCAAUACGAAAUCAAGCACUUCGCAUAGUAAACCGUAAACCUAGUCGGCACACACGUUCUUUCUCAUACGCAGUGAUUCAAUGGUGUGGCUACAGCUUUUUCCUUGAACCCGAAAGCAGCGGAGCACCUCUGCAGAUCGGACAUGUUGAACCCUUUCAUGGACACGGCCCACAUGGGCGCUCUCAAACUAAGCCCACCGCACGCCAUGCCAGUCGAGCCGGCAGGAGCCCACGUACAGGGAAACCACCAAUUUGCAGCUCAGGCCAACGGUUAUCCUGGUCCUCACCCCCAUGCUCAUCACCACCAUCACGGGCAUGUUAGCAGCUACGCUGCACGAGACUUUUUGCUCCGCAGAGAGCAUAUGCCAACUUUAGCUAGUAGCUUAGCAACCCACGAUAACCUGAGUAAUAACGGCACAGCGCACCAUGGGAUGUUUGUGCCCUCUUCUGCGACGCUGCACGGGACUCACCAUCACACGGUUGACCCUUCCUCCACGCACGUGCUUUUUCCUGGUUUGGAGUAUUCUGCGGCUCACCACGCUGGACAUAUGAAUGGUCAAGUUAGGCUUUCCUUGCCUGGAAGUGACAUGUACGGGCGUCCGGAUACUUUUAACCAAAUGGCCGGUCCAAGAACUGACCACUUUGCUGGAACCUAUGGUGCCAUGAACAUGGGUCCUCACGGUCCGGGAGCCUUCUUCAGAUACAUGCGACAGCCAGUAAAACAAGAAAUGGCAUGUGUCUGGGUUGAUCAGGAGCAACCAAGUCCGAAAAAACCGUGUAACAAAAUAUUUACUUCUAUGCACGAGAUAGUGACUCAUAUCACAGUAGAACAUGUCGGUGGUCCCGAAUGCUCGAAUCAUGCAUGUUACUGGCAGGACUGUUCCCGUAACGGACGGCCGUUCAAGGCCAAGUACAAACUGGUCAACCACAUACGGGUCCACACCGGGGAAAAGCCGUUCCCCUGCCCCUUCCCUGGCUGUGGAAAAGUUUUUGCCAGAAGUGAAAACCUAAAGAUACAUAAACGAACACACACAGGAGAAAAACCGUUUAAGUGUGAGUUCGAGGGGUGUGACCGGAGGUUUGCUAACAGUUCCGACCGGAAGAAACAUUCUCACGUGCAUACUAGUGACAAACCAUACAACUGUAAGAUACGAGGCUGCGACAAAAGUUACACUCACCCGAGCUCUCUACGGAAACACAUGAAAGUACACGGAAAGUCUCCGCCGCCUCCUGGUGCAGCGCCAGGUUCCACAGGCAGCAACAGCUCCAUGUCUGACUACGACAGCGACACGCCGCCUUGUACCACUACUAAUGGUAGCAGCGGUAACGGCAACGCGCUGAUCGGGACACGGUCUACCUGCCCAGCAGGCCACACGGCGUUACCCUUAACUAACCCUGGACAUGGAGGAGGAGGCGGCCAUCCAACUAACUUGAGUGAAUGGUACGUUUGUCAGUCUACAGCCGGUAUGCCCACUCCUCCUAGUAAUGAACACUCGCCAGUGGUAGGAGUGACCCACCAUCUACACGGGUCUUCAUCCUACUGACUUAGAGUUUAUUCAUACAAGACUUUAUAAUUGUACAAAAACGAAGUAACCAAAUGUUCGUAUGGAUGGAUUUUUACUAACCACUGUGUAACUGAACAGAGGUAAGCCUGGUAUGUGUAGAUAUUAAAUUGGACCCUUUGUGACUAAAAUUCUCUAAGUGACCAUGUCCACUUCUUCCACCUACGGUCAUUAUAAAUGUAAAGCUUCCCAUAUGUAUAUUUUUAUUCUGAGCCUCAGUUUAAACGUCACAGGUGGUCAUCUGCAGCGUAAAAAGCUGAACUUUGUAUAGAGCUUAGUGGUAUGUCGAAAUAAGCAGUAUUCGUGGUUUUUAAAGGAGUCCGUGUUAGUUUCUUGUAAGAUAAUUUGAUGAAGUGGCUUACAGUACAUUACAUUAGAAGAAUAUGGGUACACACAUACAUGUGUAACUAUAUGUUUUAUUUACGCUUUACCAAUAGCCUCCGUAGAGUCAAUGGUCAACCAUAUCUUUCAAAAGAUCAGAAAAAAGUCACUACUCCAACCGAUUGUCAACAAUGAAUAGACCUGAGUAAACUGACAGGGUGCUUCAAAUGUAUUUCACCGUGGAACAGCUAGGACUUGGGAUAUGGAAGAACUCAUCCUGUUGUUGUUUAAGGAAUCUGCUAUUAGUUCUUUAAAAUCAUAUUGACAGUUUAACAAAGCUAUGAUAGAGUGUGCACAUUGUCAAAGGCGUUUUUGCUUUGUAGUCGAGAAGAAGUGAUUGGUAUAAAAAAUAACGUGGUUUAUAUAUAUGUAAUAACGCUAAGCUGGUGUUCAAUUUAUGGUUUAUAUAUAUAUAAUACCGCUAAGCUGGUGUUAAAUUUAUUUCUAAAGCUUACUUUAAAAAUAACUGCUUAUCGGAAAAGGUAACACUACAAAGCAAUAACGCCUUCAAAUGUUCUUUUAUGUAUCAAAAUUGGACAGUGUUGAUAAAUGUAUAAUGAUAGACUAAACUUGGUAAUGGGAUAGUUCAUUGUUUUAGGCAUUAUAUACUUUUAUUUUAUUUAUGGAUAAUAAGUUUGAUAUCUU